AUGGCGGGCACGGCAAUCAACUAUUCUCCGACCUGCACAACGGCACGGCCUCAACGAGUGCCCGUCAGAUGCUUCACCAGCAAGACAUCUCGACUAGCACAAUUGAAUGGCGGCAAAGAAACUCCGCCCCAAUACUCGAGUGAUGAGGUUCGAGCAAGGGCAGAGGAGUUACAUGCUUCGGGAAAAGAGCUAUACCCACGCUAUUCAGGCAGUUCAAGAACUACAAGCAUAAGAUCUCUUAUUGCCAGGGUCGACGCAGCUGAAAGCGAAGCACAGCCAUCUCAAGGAGAUGCAGCGGCUGACGUUCAAGUCUUGGGAAGAAUCUCAUCCAUCCGCACGCACAGCUCCAAGCUUGCUUUCAUCGACAUUGUUGAGGAUCAGUUGAAGCUCCAGAUCGUACUGUCGUUGUCCGCCCUUGAGUCUUCUGGUAUUUCGAAAGAUGACUUCAAGCGUCAAUGCAAUCUGAUCCGGCGUGGGGAUUUUAUUUCAAUAAAUGGCCACCCACCAUACCGAGCCUCAAAUGGCCAGGUGUCCAUCAAAGGCACAUCACUUCCAGCCCUCCAGUCGCCAUGUCUCAAUCGCUUCCCCAUCGAAGAACGAGGCUUCUCCACCAACGAAUCCUCCAACACCCACUUCCGUGAUCGCCACGUUGAAAUGCUCACCGACCCGUCCAUGAUCGAAACCAUCAAGACCCGUGCAGCCAUCAUCAAGACCCUCCGCUCAUUCUUCGAGGAGAAAUCUUUCGCCGAGGUUCAGACGCCCAUACUCGCUAAUCAAGCAGGAGGCGCCACCGCCCGACCCUUCUCGACGGCCGCCACCGAGUUCUCUGAUGGUAGACAGCUCUCCCUACGCAUCGCACCCGAACUCUGGCUCAAACGCUUGAUUGUUGGCGGUAUGGAUCGAAUCUUCGAAAUCGGACCGAGUUUCCGCAAUGAAGGUCUAGACAAGACGCAUAAUCCAGAGUUCUCAACCUGUGAAUUCUACGCUGUAGGCCACGACCUGCCACGACUUAUGAAGUACACCCAAGACCUCCUCGUGCAACUCGCCCACGCCGUCGAGGAUCUAAAAUUCCCUUUGCCACAGCAUACGACAGCCCUCCUGCAAGCCAUUCAGGGAGAAUUCCAGGUCCUCGACUUCCUUCCCGCGCUAUCUAGCGCUCUCAAUCAACCCCUACCAGACUUACAUUCUCCAACGGCGCAACAAGAUCUCCUCAGCAUCUUCCAAUACCACUCACUCCCCAUCCCAAGCACACCCACCCUCCCACGGCUUCUCGACAAGCUCUCCUCAAUCUACCUAGAACCCCAAUCCCUCAACGGCGGCCCGCCAACCUGGAUCACCAACAUCCCAACCUGCCUAUCCCCACUCGCCAAAUCCCACCUUUCCUCUUCUACCAGCAAUGAAUCCAGCACACCACCACAAGAAAUCGCCGCCCGCGCCGAACUGUUCAUCAACGGCCACGAAAUCGUCAACUGCUACGAAGAGGAGAACUCGCCGACCGCACAGCGUAGAAAAUUCCUGGAACAGCAGUUCUACGCCAACCAGGACCUCUCCUCCACAUCUUCUCCAUCCAUAUCCGAUGACGAAGUCAUGCCGCUCGACGAAUCCUACCUGCGCGCCCUGGAAUGGGGUCUCCCGCCGACGGGCGGAUGGGGCUGUGGCAUCGAUCGCCUCGUUAUGCUGUUCACGGGCCGUGAACGUAUCGCUGAUGUCUUGAGCUUUGGGAGUCUUCGGCAUGUUUCGCAUCGUGAGGAUGGAGGGGGCAGGGAGAGGGAGAAGGAGAAGGGUGAAUGA